CACAGUGACGUCGCAGCAAUUGAAGCUUGUGACUUGCGAAAUGAAGAUAGGACCUGUUUGGACAAAACAACCCUCAUUAUUUAAGGAUCUUGUGCUUAAAUUGAACAGAAACCUCGACAGGCGGGACUACAUCGCCCAAAACCGGCUGGAUACUUCCACAGCCGCCGACAUAUAACUCAUGAAAUGCUGCACUCGGUAGGAUGAUAAACAAUCAAGAAGAAGAUGAGUUUGUUGCAGUGCGGGUCCAAGAUCCCCGCGUGCAGAAUGAAGGCUCCUGGAAUUCAUUCGUGGAUUACAAAAUAUUCCUACAUACCAACAGCAAGGCCUUCACAGCCAAGACAUCCUGCGUGCGUCGGCGCUACAGUGAGUUUGCCUGGCUCAAGAAGAAACUUCAGAAGAACACGGGUUUGGUGCCAGUCCCAGACCUUCCAGCUAAGUCCUUCUUCUCCUUUAUUAAUGAGGACUUCCUGGAGAGGAGGAGGAAAGGUCUUCAGGCCUUCUUAGACAGUGUGGUGAACAUGACGGUGUGUCUGUCUGACAGCCAGCUCCACCUCUUCUUGCAGACUCAGCUUCCAGUAGGUCACAUCCAGGACUGCGUGCAGGGCCACACUCCCUACUCUGUGACGGACGCCAUCCUCACCUAUGCCUCAUCCAAUCGGGGCUAUGCUCAGGCUCAGGAGGACGAUCCCAUCAAGGAGUCAAGUCUGACCGUUUCAUACGAGUCCAUGGAGAGCCCAGUUCCUCAUCAACCUUGCCUAAAACUUAAAGAGACCUUCAGUCCAGAGCUUUUGUCCUGUAUUGACUCUGACCCUCAAGAAUGUGAACUGGAGAGCCAUGAUAAGGACACAGUUGAGUUCCUGCACAAGGAAAACUCCUCAGUGAUGGUUCUCCAGGGGAACAACCAUCUUGAGGCAGUUGUUGAGGACUGUGGCCCGACAGAGGCAACCUUUUAUCUGGGUGAAAGCCAGGAUGUUCCUGAGAGUCUCAGCCUUGAAGAACAGAUUCAGCAGAGGAGCUGUCAGAUACAGACACCUGUGGAGGUGCACUCGCCCAUGAGCAGUGACUUUGAGGCGAAAUGUGUGGUGGACGGCUUGUUUGAGGAGUGUUCCGUAAGAGAGGAGAGCAAUAAAAUGUUGGAUAUAGAAGAUAUGACUGUUCCUCAUCCAGACACAGAGGAGAAGACUGUUCCUCAUCCAGACACAGAGGAGAAGGCUGUUCCUCACUUAGACACAGAGGAGAAGACUGUUCCUCACCUAAACACAGAGGAGAAGACUGUUCCUCAUCCAGACACAGAGGAGAAGGCUGUUCCUCAUCCAGACACAGAGGAGAAGGCUGUUCCUCAUCCAGACACAGAGGAGAAGACUGUUCCUCAUCCAGACACAGAGGAGAAGGCUGUUCCUCAUCCAGACACAGAGGAGAAGACUGUUCCUCACUUAGACACAGAGGAGAAGACUGUUCCUCACUUAGACACAGAGGAGAAGACUGUUCCUCACCUAAACACAGAGGAGAAGACUGUUCCUCACCUAGACACAGAGGAGAAGACUGUUCCUCACCUAGACACAGAGGAAAAGACUGUUCCUCACCUAGACACAGAGGAGAAGACUGUUCCUCACCUAGACACAGAGGAGAAGACUGUUCCUCACCUAGACACUGAGGAAAAGACUGUUCCUCACCUAGACACAGAGGAAAAGACUGUUCCUCACCUAGACACAGAGGAAAAGACUGUUCCUCACCUAGACACAGAGGAGAAGACUGUUCCUCACCUAGACACAGAGGAAAAGACUGUUCCUCACCUAGAGACAGAGGAGAAGGCUGUUCCCCAUCCAGGCACAGAGGAGAAGACUGUUCCUCACCUAGACACAGAGGAAAAGACUGUUCCUCACCUAGACACAGAGGAGAAGACUGUUCCUCACCUAGACACAGAGGAGAAGACUGUUCCUCACCUAGACACAGAGGAGAAGGCUGUUCCUCACCUAGAGACAGAGGAGAAGGCUGUUCCUCAUCCAGGCACAGAGGAGGAGGCUAUUCCUCAUCCGGACACAGAGGAAAAGGCUGAACAGUGUGAAAGUUCUGUGGAGGCAAAUAUGGAAAAGGUCAACUUCGAUUUUAAGGACAGUGACUUAAAGGAACCUCUUAUAGAUAGCGACACAAUAUCUCAGAGGAGGUUCUUGAAGUCUGCUUUGAGAAAAGUGUUUUAGAAAAUCCUGUCACCUCUGAAAUUAAUGGUCUUGAACACAUUGAUACUACUGAGGUUCCUGUUGAAGAUGCCAGCUGUCUGGAGGAGUUUAAGAGCACAGGAAAGGAAAUGAGCGAUGAAUCUGAGAGGAAAGAUGAGACACCAUAUAUGUCAGAAAUCCAUGAAGAGACUGACAAUUUGCACUCAGAGGUGGAAGGCAGCGGCGAUGACAUUCUUCAACACAUGGACCAAGUUGAACAGGAAGUAGAUCAGGUAAGGACCAAAGAUGACAGCGACGAGGACAGCCAUUCAUCUUCCAAUGAAAGCAUUGUCAAGGUCAGCGAUGAAGAGAGCAUCUGUGACGAGGCAGAGGAACUGAUCCAGUCUGCAAACGGACACAUGGACACUCCUCAUGAGGAGGUCGCUCACUGGGCAGAAGAAGUGCAGACCCCCAGGAAAAACAUUUUGGACCUACACAUGAAUGGAUGCAUUGCAGAAAAAGACGACAUUUUUGCCCAUGAGGAAGACGACUUGCAAUACAUUACCGACAUUAGUGACUUGCAUAAAUCUCUGGACUUGAUCUCAGGUGUUACAGGUGGAGAUUUGACAGAAAAUUGUGACUUCAGUAUCUUAGAAACAAGCUGCACGCCUGAGCUAGCUGAUAGUAGAAGUACGGAGCAGGAAAACUUGCCUGUGCUGUCUUUGGACGCCUCAGAGGAGAAUCAUGAGGUAGAGGUGUUUAAGUCAAAUGGCUAAAUGGUGUCACAUGCCUGGGCUUCACCCUUCAGAGGCUGAAAACAAAAGAUUGUGAAAGCUCUCUUCUGCCACUUGAUCACACUCAAAAACAAGGUACUUUAAAAAUACUGCUCAUUAUAAACCGUCUUCAUAUGAUGCUGCAUUAGGGCCAUUGUGUGUUAAAAUAUCAAAUAAUUAAGAGCCGGAACAGGUGGUUAGUAAUAAGAGAAACAUUUCUCAAAAGUGAACCAAAAACACGCGGAAUAUGGUGAUUCCAGGCUAAAAUAACAAGUCAUUAUUUUUGAUUUGGCCAUCUACUGCAGGCGUCAUACACUUGAUGUUAAUUCAACCUUGCAAAGUGAAUCGAUGUGACAAGUUUUUUUUCUCAUUAAUGUGACUUUAUUCCAUGUGGCUUUAUAAUUGCAAUCUACAAUGGCCCUUAUGCGCUGUAGUAUCUUCACAAUGUAGAUGGUCCAGUCUGUCACACAAAUAGCAAGUCUAACUAACUAGUGAUUUCUUUCCUUUUGAAUUAUGUAUAUUUAAUUUUAAAGUACACCUUCAUUUACACUCAGGUAAACAUAAUAUUGGCGCUGUUUUUCUCCUCUGGUUGGAUGUUCAUCUGCUUUUUGGGAACACCAGAGGAUGCUCAAGUUCACAAACUACAUAUGAGGGUGAUUUUCUUUUUAAAAUCCAUAAAUUUAGUACCAAGGCUACUGUGUGAACAUAAAAUGUUAAUAGAAAAAAGGUUAAUUUUAUCUUAAUUAGCUUGCUAUAUAAUUACAUCAUGUUUCUAGUGGAAAAAAUUGUGCUUGAAAUACACACUCUACACUCUACAACACCCCUUUAUAGGCUGUAAUGUAUUCUGCUGUACAUACUGAGGGUCAAGAGAUACCAUCCUUUUGAAUAAAAAUCUAAAUUUACAGUCAAAAAUACUUCCUGUAGUCAAGUUUACUUCCUAUAAAACCCAUUUCUGUUUGUUUCCUCACGUAUCUGUAGUGGAGAGACGGAAAGAAAAAGAGGAAAUUCAAAACAACUUUAUCCACCUUACCUGUUGUAAGGCUGCUGAAGCAUCAAUAUAACGGUAGUUAAAAUGUUAUCCCUUCACGGCCAGUUUGGACAGGAGAAAAAUGAAAUCCCUAAAAAGCGGAUUGAAUCUGCCAUUACAGUCACUGAGAAUCAUACACAGCUCUCAUUUAAAUGUGAAAAACAAUCACUUUAUAUUUUAAGUCAACAACUGUCCCCUAUUGAAUCCUGAUAAACAUACGUUUUGAAGUCCAGGCCGGCUGCUCGAAAACAAUCCUGUUAAAAUCGGCAUGUCCUGUUUAUAAUCCAAAGUGUCACUAAUUCUGGCUGUGUGUACAAAUGACAGACACACUGUAUGGGAGUCAACAUUAAAUCAGAUCAGUAGCAUGUUAGAAUUGAGGCCAGGCUAGUAAUAGUUUACCCUUAUGGCGCACAUUGCUCUUACAAAUGAUGUUUUAUAGAUAUUUAUUAGGAGAGCUAAAAUUAAAACCUUUUAGCGUAUCAAUGCACACAUGAAUAUUUGGUUUUGUUAUUGAAUUUUAAACGUGUUGUUAUAAAUAAAUGAUCAGAAUUAUAAUUGGAACUCCGGUGCAAUAGUCACCGACACCUUGACCGUUGUAGAUUUUCAUAAUGUUUAUUCUUGUAAUUUCUGUAAGAUUGUCUGCUCUUUUACUGAAUUUUUGUUAAUGUUAAAAACUCACUACAGAUACAUUCACUAAGCUUUUUCAUUUUCAGUUUGUUUAAUCGCAGCAUACAUUCUAAAGUAUGGAUGUGUAUUUUCCACGUUGUUGUCACACACUGCUGCUGCUUCUGGUUUAAGUGAAUUCCGUUGCAUUUGUUUAAAAGGGACCUAGAGUUGUUUGUGUUGUUGCACAGAGAAUAAAGCACCUCACACAUCCUUUGUUGUCUAGUAGGUGGAUAGUAGAUUACCGGUUUUAUUUUGUCUUCUACAAUGUCACUGACUGCAGGUAUUAUUUUUCAAAAGCUGCUUUUAAGAAUUUAGUUUUUUUAAAGAAUGAUUGCCCUAUGCAGGAGAACUAUUUUACAACAUGGAUCUACAAGGGCCACUAUGAAACCCUGAGUGAAUGUGUCCAUGUUUAUCUAAUUUUAUUUCAAAUAAAUAGUUUUUCUUCUUAA